AUGCAGCUCCUGACAGCCCUCAUCCUCUGCCUGGGCCUCUGGGCAAGGCUCAGCGCUGCUGUCAUCCCAGUGGAGGAGGAGGAGCCAUCCUUCUGGAACAAGCAGGCAGCUGCAGCCAUCAAGGCCUCCUUGAAGAUCCAGCCCAAAAUCAGCCAAGCCAAAAACCUCAUCCUCUUCCUUGGGGAUGGAUUUGGGAUCCCCACCAUCACAGCCACCCGCAUCCUGAAGGGGCAGGAGAAGGGAAAUCUGGGCCCCGAGACCCCCCUUGCCCUGGAUGCUUUCCCCUACGUGGCUCUUUCCAAGACGUACAACGUGGACCGGCAAGUCCCUGACAGCGCGGGGACGGCCACAGCCUACCUGUGCGGGGUGAAGGGCAACUACCAGACAGUGGGGCUGAGUGCAGCCGCCCGCCACUACCAGACGACGACACGGGUGCAGCACGCGUCGCCCUCGGGGACCUACGCCCACGUGGUGAACCGCGACUGGUACGCCGAUGCCAGCAUGCCCGCCGACGCCCGCACCCAGGGCUGCAAGGACAUUGCCUGGCAGCUGGUCCACAACGUUGACAUCAACGUAAUCCUGGGUGGUGGUCGGAAAUACAUGACCCCUGUGGGGACGCCAGACCCUGAGUAUCCCACCUACAAACGGGAGAAUGGGAUGCGUGAGGACAAUAAUAACCUCAUUGACAUGUGGCUGGAGGCACGGCCAGGUGCCCGCUACGUCUGGAACAAGACAGAGAUGCUGGCCGCUGCUGCUGACCCCAACGUGAAUUAUUUGAUGGGGCUCUUCGAACCUGGGGAUAUGAAGUUCAACCAGUUGCGUGACACCACCCUGGACCCGUCACUCACUGAGAUGGUAGAGGCAGCCAUCACCAUCCUGAGUAGGAACCCCAGCGGCUUCUACCUCUUUGUUGAAGGUGGCAGGAUUGACCAUGGCCACCAUGACGGCUCAGCCCGCAAAGCGCUGACAGAGGCGGUGGAGUUUGACCGGGCCAUCGAGCGGGCAGGCAACCUGACCAACGAGGAGGAGACCCUCACUGUCAUCACUGCUGACCACUCACAUGUCUUCUCCUUUGGUGGCUACACCCUGCGUGGUUCCUCCAUCUUUGGUCUCGCCCCCAAGAAAGCCAAUGACAAGAAGAACUACACGUCCAUCCUCUAUGGGAAUGGGCCAGGCUACGCAGGCACCAACCGGCCUGAUACAGACCAUGACACAGCCAGCCAGUUCGACUAUAAGCAGCAGGCAGCCGUGCCCCUUGACUCGGAGACCCACGGCGGAGAGGACGUGGCCAUCCUGGCCAAGGGCCCCAUGGCCCACCUCUUCCACGGGGUGCAGGAGCAGACCUACGUGGCCCACGCCAUGGCCUACGCUGCCUGCCUGGAGCCCUACACCUCCUGCCCUCAGUGGGACUCUGCCCCUGGCAUGCACGCCACUCUCUUGGCUCUGCUCUUGCCCACCCUUCUCCUGCUCCUCUUCUGCUGA